UUUCUUUGUCACUUUUUUUUUCUCCUUUGUGCUCACCUCCACUCCACUUCCCAGCCCUUCCUCCCUUCCUUCAAGCUGAACAUCAGUUCCAUCGGACCAUCAUCCCUUCUCUCCUCCCUCUCUUCCUCUUAUUCAUCACACCACCACCACCCGCGGCAACUUACUCUCAAAACACACUUUUCACACUAACACUACAGCUGUCCAAGGAAGGAUCGACUGCAUUUCUUUUGCCAUGGCGUCCUUCAUUCAGUCCCUCCUCGACUGGCUUCGUGGCCUCUUUUUCAAGACCGAGAUGGAGUUGACACUGGUCGGAUUGCAAAACAGCGGCAAGACAACUUUGGUCAAUGUCAUUGCUUCCGGACAGUAUUCCGAAGACAUGAUCCCCACAGUGGGCUUCAAUAUGCGCAAGGUCACCAAGGGAAAUGUGACAAUGAAGCUGUGGGAUAUCGGUGGACAGCCCAGGUUCCGGAGCAUGUGGGAGAGAUACUGCCGAGGUGUAAAUGCCAUAGUGUUUGUCAUCGAUUCUGCAGACCAUGAUAAGCUGGACGCAGCCAGGACAGAGCUCCGUAACUUACUGGACAAGCCUCAGCUGGCCAAUAUCCCCGUUCUUGUCCUCGGAAAUAAGAAUGAUUUGCCUGGCGCACUCACGGUCGAGCAGAUUAUCGAAGUCAUGAACUUGAAACAGAUCGCCAGCCGCGAGGUAUCCUGUUAUUCCAUCUCUGCCAAGAAUCAGGUCAACAUCGAUAUCACGCUCCAGUGGCUGACCAAGAAGGGCAAGGGAAAGUAAGCGAUGGAGCUCUUUUUUCAGCAGCCGAACGCGAGCCCAAGGGACCCGACAAAAGGAAAUCGUUGAUCUAUGCGCUCGAUAUACAUACAUUCACCUAUACAUUACACCCACAGCACUCGUUAAGAAGUAAAAAAAAAAAGCAAACUAGCAAACUCAUAGCAACAGAUGUAAAAA